CACCCCCCCAACACCCCCCCCAAACUCGGACCUUCUUUCAUCCUUCGCGCCAGGCGAAGCCCAAGACGUUGACAUGCCGGAGAUCCGUCUCCGUCAUGUGGUGUCCUGCAGUAGCCAGGACUCGACCCACUGUGCAGAAAACCUCCUCAAGGCGGACACUUACCGAAAAUGGCGAGCAGCCAAGGCAGGCGAGAAGACCAUCUCUGUGGUGCUCCAGCUGGAGAAGGAGGAACAGAUACACAGCGUGGACAUCGGCAAUGACGGCUCGGCCUUCGUGGAGGUGCUGGUGGGCAGCUCAGCUGCAGGGGCUGGGGAGCAAGACUACGAGGUCCUGCUGGUCACUUCGUCUUUUAUGUCCCCUUCCGAGAGCCGCAGUGGCUCAAACCCCAACCGUGUUCGCAUUUUUGGGCCCGACAAGUUGGUCCGGGCAGCAGCGGAGAAGCGCUGGGACCGCGUCAAAAUCGUUUGUAGCCAGCCCUAUAGCAAGGACUCCCCCUAUGGCCUGAGUUUUAUACGGUUUCACAGCCCCCCAAACAAAGAGGAGGCAGAGGCCUCACCCCAGAAGGUGACCAAGCUUGGCCAGUUCCGUGUGAAGGAGGAGGAUGAGGGUGCCAACUCCCUGAGACCCGGGGCCCUCUUCUUCAGCCGGAUCAAUAAGACCUCCCCAGCUGCAGCCGGUGACCCGGCCGGACCCAGCUAUGCCACUGCUACUCUGCAGGCCUCUAGCGCCGCCUCUUCAGCCUCUCCCAUGUCCAGGGCAGUGGGCAGCACCUCCAAGCCUCAGGAGUGCCCCAAAGGGAAGAGAAAGUUGGAUUUGAACCAAGAAGAAGGGAAGACGCCCAGCAAACCAUCAGCCCAGCCCUCACCACCUGCCGUCAAGAGACCCAAAUUGUCGGCUCCCACCCGCACCCCGGCCACCACCCCAGUCCCUGCCCCAGCACGAGGCGCAGUGCCAGAGAAGACCCGAGAAGGCACUGAGCCCAGGGGACCCCGAGCUGGCCCGCAGGAGCUGGGGAAGAUCCUUCAGGGUGUAGUGGUGGUGCUGAGUGGCUUCCAGAACCCCUUCCGUUCGGAGCUCCGGGACAAGGCCCUAGAGCUGGGGGCCAAGUAUCGGCCGGACUGGACUCCAGACAGCACCCACCUCAUCUGUGCCUUUGCCAACACCCCCAAGUACAGCCAGGUCCUAGGCCUUGGAGGCCGCAUCGUGCGGAAAGAAUGGGUGCUAGACUGUCACCGAAUGCGGCAGCGGCUGCCCUCCCGAAGGUAUCUCAUGGCAGGGCCAAGCUCCAGCAGUGAGGAUGAAGGGGGCUCCCACAGCGGCAGCAGCGGGGAUGAAGCCCCCAAGCUUCCCCAAAAGCGCCCCCAGACCAAAACCAAGCCCCCUCAGGCAGCAGGACCCAGCUCACCUCAGAGACCCAAAACCCCAGAAGAGACCAAACCAGCCUCACCAGGGCCCCAGGAAGAUACCGACACUGAGGGGGAGCAGUCAGAAGAACAGGGCAGUGGGGCAGAAGAUUCUGGAGAUACCGAGGAUGAGCUGAGAAGAGUGGCCGAGCAAAGGGAGCAAAAGCAGCCCCCUGAGCAGGGGGAGAACGGCGAGGACCCGUAUGCAGGAUCCACAGAUGAGAACACAGACAACGAGGGUCCCCCAGAGUCUCCCGACCUGCCAGUUCCUGAGCUCCCAGACUUCUUCCAGGGCAAACACUUCUUCCUGUAUGGAGAGUUCCCUGGGGACGAGCGGCGGAAGCUCAGCCGAUAUGUCACAGCCUUCAAUGGGGAGCUUGAGGACUACAUGAGCGACAGGGUCCAGUUUGUGAUCACAGCACAGGAGUGGGACCCCAGUUUUGAGGAGGCCCUGAUGGACAACCCCUCCUUGGUGUUUGUCCGCCCCCGAUGGAUCUACAGUUGCAACGAGAAGCAGAAGUUACUUCCCCACCAGCUUUAUGGGGUGGUGCCCCAGGCCUAAAGUUAUGGAAAAUUUCAAACAUAACCAAAAGGAGAGAAAGAGUAUAAUCAGCCCCUCACCAGCCCAUCACCCAGGUUCAUCAUGACCAAUCUUAUUCCAUCAUCCCCUUGCCCCUAAGGUCCUUGAAGCAACUUCCACACAUUUCAUCCAGAAACACUUCAGUGUGUGUCUCUAAAAAAUAAGAACUUUCUUUCUAUCUUUUAAACACAACCCAAAGGAUCAUUACCAAACUUUCAGACUUUCGGGUUGUUUCUUUACAUUAUCACAUUUCUCCCAUGGUCCCAUGUAUAUCUUGUUUUUCCUUUCCAGAACAGUGUUUUCCUUCGAACAUACAGAAAGUGUGAGAGAACAGAAUUGUUCUCUGCAUUAAUAACACCAGCGGCACCAGCAUCAACAAUUUCCUCCUCAUGGCCAAUGUUGUUUCAUUUCUCCCACCCACUCCUCCCAGAUGAUUUUGAAGCUAUAUGCCAGACAUCUUAUCCCAUAAAUAUCUUUUUCUUAUUACACUUGGUGUAUCUCCAUCGGGACCUAAACAAGAUCCACACGCUGUGUUUGUUUUCUGUGAUUCUUCAGUCUCUUUGUCAUUGACAUUUUAAAAGGCUUGCUCUGGUUACCGCAUAAAAUAGAUUGUAGGGAGGCAGAGCAGAAGCCAGAAGCCCAGUGAGGUGGCUGCUAUAUAUUAAUGACACGAUUCGUUCCCAGCAUUUAUUUAGCACUUUUUAUAUACUUGAAACUGUCUUGGGCGCUUUGUAUACAUUCGUUCAUUUCAUCCUGGCAGCAACUUUUUAAGAGGAGGCGCUACCAUUAUUCCCACUGUUCAGAAGAAGAAAAUGAGGCACAAGGGGGGAGUCACACAGCCUGGAGGGAGCAGGGUCAGGAUUUGAACUCCUGCAGCCAGGCCCUGGCAUCCAUGCAAUUUGCAUGUAUGCUUUGCUGCUUCUUGACAGAGGCUGAGGGAGUGAUGGCGGAGAAGUGGCCUGAUUGGAGAGGUUAACUUAACGGGGCCCUAGUGAUGAAGGGGGGAGGAGGUGACAGAGGAGGAAAGAGUCAAGGACGGUGAGGACAGAAUGAUAGCCAGCUCCUGUCAAGGGCUUGUUCUGUGCCACCUGCUCUCCCGGACUCUUUACAUGUCUGAACUUAUUAGAUCUUCCCAAUGAGGGAAGGAGCUAUUUUCAACCUCAUCUUGCAGAGGAGUAAACUGAAGCCCAGAAGAAGAUAAGUUUUGAGCCCAAGGUCACACAGCUGGGAAGGGUGAUGCUCAGGUUUCUACCUCUUAGGAGAUCUCACAGCUGACCCAGAGGUGUGCAUGCCUUCAGGGGUCUAACAAUCCUGCCAAAAUCAUAGGAAUCGGCCCCAGGGGUGAGGAGGUCUUAUUUGGGGGACCCUGACAGUAAAGAGGGCCUGAGGAUCCCUGUUUUCCUGUUUCCUCCUUCCCCUGAGCUCCGAGCAAUCCCUGAGCCUAUUUCAGCCCCAGUGUCUGCACCAUUCUCCCCACCAAACUGGACAGGACUCACCUCUGGG